CCACCAGAAACCACUGAACCUAACCUCUGACGGGCAUCCUUCGAGACUAACAAAAACUGAGUAGCAUGCCACGCUUAACCAAUCGCCCAUACAAGGGUUGGCGUAAAAGCUGGACCUACCUUGAAGCGCGGAAACACCUGGACCAAGCUUACCAGGAAUAUCGCGAAAACCUUCGGGAUCAAAGUAACCCGGCCAAGGACGCGUUAGCUCCCCCACCACCACCGGCUUCGCUGGCUCAACCCAGUCAACAAGGGUUAGAGACGAUACCUCCUCUUUCUCCUUCACCUCCCCCUCGAUCUCCGUCACCCGCAUUUUCGGACGCCCUAACCGAGCGAAUCUUCCCUGACACCCCACUCCCAACUUCUGAUUCCUCUAUCCAAUCCAUCCCUCCUUCACCACGACCGCCAUCACCAUCCCUUUCGACCUCAAGUGUGGAAUUCGUAGAAGAGUUCCCACCUCCACCUCCGCGUUACCAUUUCUUCAUCCAUCCCGAGGAUUCAUUCGAAUCCUUAAUCGCCAAAUUCCCGCGUACAACACAACCUCUCCCACUUGAUGCCUAUAUAAUCGGUCCUGAUUAUUUUGAUCCUAACAAGAUAAGAAAUGCCAUAGCUGGAGAGCCACCCCAUGCAGCAAUCCCUGUAAUCCUUCACCGAUCACCCGUUCCUUAUCUCGUCCCUAAUCGUAAGACCUCGUACCAACUCCCACUGCUCGACAGAGAUCGCAUGUGGUCCGGUCCCGAGUUACAAGGAUUAAGUUUCUUGACUCAAAAUUCGGACCGACGUUUGCACUGCCCGUUGAAAACAGGUGUUAUAGCGUUCCUUCAGGACGUUGAUCCAUAUUCCAGAGCUAUAAAAGGUUUGUUUUCUGUUCCUGCACUGGUUGCACUAGUUCAAAAAGUGUACACUAAAGCAUUUUCUGUACCCAAAAUGGCAUCAGCGACAGUGUUUCUUGUUCCAGUGCAACAGAACUCAGUACACGAGUUCACCGAACUGGCUGCACUAGGUCUUGAGGCAGUGUAA